UUGUCCAGUGCAGCCACUGAUUAUCGCCUACUCCAACACAUGUACUCAGAAUGUAAAGUAUCACGUCAAAUAUGGGACGAAAUAUCACGUGAGAAUCUCAAUUUACUGAUAAAGCUAUUAGUUGCAAACUCGACAUUGUCAAUCCUACAAUAUUUAAUUGUAAAUCGUUACCUCCAAGCAAUUCAUCGUUUCUUUCGGGAACGACGACAGACCUCAACAGCGUUAAGGACCCCCUUAAAGUCUCGCGAUAUCACUGCUUGGGUUACGUUCUUUAAAUCAACAAUUAGAUAAAAUAAUAUGAACAAUAAAUUGUGAGAGGUUUUCAAAGUCAACACUUUUUCCUCUCACUCAAUAACGUUUAUUAUAGGGCAACUAUAAAAUGAAUAAUCAGAAGGAGGUUAUAUAGCCAAUAUAACCAAUGAUUAUAUAGACAAACUAUAGGAUAAUAAACAUCGAAUGAAGAAAAGAAAAA